UUUCGCAAUCCUGGGCUUCAGCCAGAUUGAAAGCAGCUUCCCUCGAGCCUGCUGCAGCACCUGCAACAGCUCUUCCAAGACCACAUGGCCACCGCCGGAAAAGUUAUCAGAUGCAGAGCUGCUGUUGCCUGGGCAGCGGGCAAACCACUCUCUGUUGAGGAGGUGGAGGUUGCACCUCCAAAGGCGCAAGAAGUUCGCGUCAAGAUUGUGGCCACUGGGAUCUGCUGCACAGAUGACCAUGUUUUAGGAGGUUACUUUCCUAAUGCAGAAUUCCCAGUUAUCCCAGGCCAUGAAGGAGCUGGGAUUGUGGAGAGCAUCGGAGAAGGAGUGACCUCUGUGAAACCAGGAGACAAGGUCAUCCCUCUCUGCCUUCCUCAAUGUGGGCAAUGCUGCUUCUGUUUGAACCCUGACUCCAACUACUGCAUGAAGUCUCACCUCUACGAAUCACAGAAUCUGAUGCCGGACAAGACCAGCAGGUUUACUUGCAAAGGGAAACGGAUUCACCAUUUCCUAUGGAUCAGCACCUUUGCAGAAUACACCGUCAUGCCGGAGUAUGCAGUUGCCAAAAUAGAGGCUGCUGCACCUCUGGACAAAGUCUGCCUGUUGGCCUGUGGUUUUCCCACAGGGUAUGGGGCUGCCAUCAAUACUGCCAAGGUUAAACCAGGCUCUACCUGUGCCGUCUUUGGCCUCGGAGGAGUUGGCCUCUCGGUUGUCAUGGGCUGCAAGGCGGCUGGAGCUUCCCGCAUCAUUGGCGUUGACAUCAACAAGGACAAGUUUGCCAAGGCCAAAGAGCUGGGAGCCACCGACUGCGUCAACCCUAAAGACUUCACGAAGCCCAUUCAUGAAGUGUUGAUGGAGAUGACUGGCCUCGGCGUGGAUUACUCCUUUGAGGCCAUCGGGCUCGCAGAUACCCUGACUGCUGCCCUAGCCUCCUGCAAUAUGAACACGGGUGUCUGCGUGAUGGCUGGUGAACUGGCUUCUGGAUCGAUGGUUUCCUUUGACCCUCUGCUUCUGCUCUCUGGGCGUACGUGGAGAGGGACUCUGCUCGGAGGUUGGAAGAUGAGGGAUUCUAUCCCCAAAUUAGUUUCUAGCUAUUUGGAAAAGAAAUUUAACUCGGACUUGCUGAUCACACACACACUGCCGAUUGCUGAAGUGAACAAAGGAUUUGAAUUGUUACGUGCAGGAAAAAGUAUUCGCAGUGUCCUACUGUUUUGAAAGACAAAGCCAAGGAAGGCAGAGCGGACCUAACAGCUCAGCAGACAUCCUCCUGGUACAGGCACGUUUCUCAUUUUGUGGGGGGCAAGGAGAAGAGAACGAAGAACCGGCUGAUGGUGGUGCCACUGCCAGCAUUCCUAGGCCUGGCUGAAACCUGAAACAGCACCUCUCCUAAAAAAACUCUUCUAGAAGUAAAAGGUUUCUUUCCAACUCAUCCUACAGACUGCCAUGAAAUGACAGAGGCCCCAUGGGGCAGGAGGAGCUCUUCCUCAUACCACAAGACCUUCCAUUGCACCAGUUAUCUCAGCAGUGAGCAACUUCCUUUGCUCCCUCUGUUGCUACUUUGUUAGACCUUCUUCUGCCUUACACCCUUACGCACGUGCACCUUCACCUCCACCACAAUCUCAGCUGUGUUACUGCUGCAACCUAGACCAAAACAGAGUAGGGAAACUCAGUGCACUGCUGCUGCUGCUCUUUGGUCUCUCUCUCAGGAACAACACGCGUUUUGCUACAUCUCUUGUUCCAGCCUUCUUCCUCUAGAGAUGAGGUUUUUCUCAUCGCAUCACUUCCUUCUAUUUCUUCCUAAUCUUUCCUUCUUUGGUUCUUCUCUCUCCUUUUUAGGGUCUCUUGCUAUCUGCUCUCACACUGGUGGCUUUACUCCUGACCAGGCUUUGUUCCAGGUAAGGGCCACAGAUACAUUUAUAAAAUGGAACUGGAAAGAGAAAUUAUAAAGUGCAGUUAUGUCGCAUCAUGUGAAAAUGCUGGGGCUAGAAGUACAAGAGCUAGAGUUUUGGGAAGCAAAAAGCAAAAUUCCUCCUGACAUUGCAGCUGUGCAAUUCCACAGGAGCUAACAGCAUGACAGCCGGUCUGGCAACAGACUUUGCUCUGCGCAGAAAAACAAAUGAAAGGAUAUGCUAGCAAGGACUCCAAAGUAGCUGUAAGAUUCUUAGUCUCUGUUCUAAAACACUUUCUUUCCUCAGCCAGUCUCCUUCACUCAGUGAAUAGGAUCAAUUGCACCUGCUUAAUAAACUUUCUUCCAAUAUUUUUUCCUAUACCUUUUCAAUGCACAGUCUCUCAGGGUUAAAUCUAACUCUCCUGUUCCUUACCUCAGUUGCCUCCUUCCCUAUUUUAUAUGGAGCAUACAACUUAUUUGUCUUCAACAACUUCUUUGUGGUUCUCAGUGGAAAUACACUAGUUACACUGAAACCAAAAAAAGAAGCAACCCUGUUCCAUUAACAACUGCCUUUGCCUUUUGAUAAAAAUCUGUAGAGCUGGGUGUCCUAAGCAUGAAUCUACAGAGCAAUGUCCUCCUGACCCUUGAACGCUUCCUGACCAGGACUAGUCUGUUUGCAUUCUAUCUGUGACAGAGGUGUUUUGAUUUUUCGGGGGAAAAAAAAAAACCACAAAGAGUAUUAAUGUAUCUAUUAUUUUGUUCAGUGACUUAAGCCUUCUAAAUGGUUCCUGAUUCAAGCAGGUUUUCUAUGUCAUUAUUGGUAGUCUUCUAGAAAAUUAUCUUAUUCUUUAGGUAUACGCAAAUGUCCUUUCAGCCACACGGAAGGAGGAGACCUUCCUAGCGGAUAGGCCUCUUCUAGUCUACCAUCUCCUUCUAGGGUAGAGCUGGUGGAAUCGGGAAGGUCCUCAAGGCUGAAUUAGGAAUGUAGAAGCUUACUCUCAGUGUGCAGCCUUGCAGAUGCAGACAACAUGACUCUUUACAUAGCAGGCCUGGGAAAGGGAGAGGGACUGGCAGAAAGAUGAACUGGAUGUCCAUACUGCAGGCUUCGCAGUAGCAUAUCAAUGUGCAAUCCAGCUGCUAACUGAUCUUUAACAGACACACUCAUUCCUGUGUUUUACUUCACGCUUUCUCUCUUUUAUGCUAAAAAGCCACAAAAAUUAUAGCAUUGUACUAACCCAGCAGAAAAUCUAAUGAGAUUAAGGAUAGCAAAUCUUUUCAAAUCUAACAAAUAUCAGUUUCACAUUAGUUUUUACUUAGACAUCUUGGCAUCUAGUAUUAGAAGUGAAAUCAAGGGAAAGAAAUAGAAGCUCACAUUGCAAAUACAUUUUUCAAUUACAUUGGAAGUAGUAUGAACCACAAUGCUUUACUGAAGCUUUAUUCUUUUCCUAUAGUGCCUGAUUCUAGUCUUAGACAUAGUACUGUAAGCUGGGAGUAAUUUCAAUGAAGGCACUAGUGUUCUGCCAUUAUCUGUCUGGUGUGAGAUCAGACUGUGCCCAACAGCCAUUGGUACCAUAACACCUUUGAAUAUGUUUUCAGUAAAGUAUGAAGGUGUAUAAUGGAGAAAGUAACCAAUUACAGCUUAUAUGAUAAGUAGACAGCAUACAGAAAGCACACAAAGCAGCUCAUUCCGCUAGGUUAAUCAUUACGCAGAACAACAAAACAACAUGCAUUUUUCAGUAAUUUGUUUCUUGCACAGACCUGUUAGCUUCAGUUUUCAGUUAUCUGAGACAUAGCUAACAGGUUGAAUAAUGAAUAAAGAAGUUCUGGAUAACUAUGUUCAAGGAUGAUGAAUUCAAACUGGAAGAGAUGCAAAGCGAGGCCACUAAAAGACUGAGGGAUAAAAUACACUGUAAAUGUAUGGCUCCUGUAGCCUAACAAAGUGGAGGGUGAAAGCAUAUGGCUGCUUCCCAUAAAUAUAUUAAGGGUAUAUACAGUAGACAA